CAAGAAAUUUAAAGCUGAAUUAGUUGUUUGAGCCAGAUUGAUAAUUCAGCAUUUUGUAAAGUGAAUGAAGAAAUGGAAGCGAACAUAGCAGAAACAAAGAGAGAAAGGGAACGGAAAUUAAGGCUUUUGGCGCUGAAGAAGAGCGUGGCCAUUUUGGACCUGUUCCUCCGCAUAAGCAGCGCCGUGGCUGCGUUGGCCGCCACCCUCGCCAUGGGAACCACCGAGCAGACUCUUCCAUUCUUCACACAGUUGUUCCAGUUCCGAGCCAGCUAUGAAGAUCUCCCGGCAUUCACAUUCUUUGUGAUAGCAAUGUCAAUUUCAAGUGGCUACCUCGUUCUAUCAGUGCCUUUCUCCGUAGCAUGCGUAGUUCAACCCCUUGUUCCGGGGCCGAGGCUUCUCUUAAUGAUAUGCGAUACGUUUAUAGUGACAUUGCUUACUUCGGCGGCGGCUUCAUCGGCGGCGAUAGUGUACCUUGCUCACAACGGAAACUCCGAGGCCAAUUGGCUACCGUUGUGUCAGCAGUUUGGUGAUUUCUGUCAGAGGAUCAGCGGAGCGGUGGUGGCGGGAUUCGUUGCGGUGGCGCUGCUUCUCAUCAUGGUGGUGCUUUCCGCUCUCGGUCUAACAAAGCAUUGAUCUCUUCAAAUUCAUAUACAGAUGUGAUUUACAUUUGGUUUUGAUUUACAUUGCUAUAUGUAUGAUGUAAUUAUCCUUUUUCUUCCUUUCAUGUUUAUGUUGUGUUGUCAUUGAUUCUUGAUAAAUCAAAACUAAAUGUAGAUCGUAUUUGUAUAUGGAGUAAAGGUCGACAUUGGUUC